CGCCAUAAAAACAAAAGAAGAAGAAGAAGAAGAACUUUGGCCUGCGGCUUUGUUCAGUUAGAAAUUUUGGCCCACUCUGUAUUUGAGUUUGACACCCCUGGUCUAAAUGGUUAAUUAUUUCUCUUUAUAACACGUAAUCAUUGUACUUUUUAUUGUGAAAGGCAAUAUUUCCCAACCGGAUGUGCACCUCACUUUCCGUAACUUGACUCACCCAAGGGACGUAACCUGGUUUUCCAUGACAAGUUUUUGCUGCUACAUUUUCUUUUUAACAACCGUGGUGUAUUCUCACAUGGAGACGGCGGACAGACACCCGACCUAAACAUUCCCCUCAAGGAACCCGAACGGUUUGUUUUUUGCCACUCCCCAUGUUUUUACUUACAUGAGUCCAACCCCAACUGGUUCCCUAAUCUCCCUUCUCCCUAACCGUGGUGAUCUGUGGCCGCCAACAGCAAGUCGUGCGUGAUGAGCACCCUGCACCAGCAGCAUCAUGGGAGCACAGGCUCAGAGCGGGAACUCAACUCUGCAGCCUCCUCCAACAGCCUGCCCUCUGUCAGGAAGAACACCAAGAAACGCAGCAUCUCACUCCAAGCGCUCUUCGGCAGGCGGCGUCGGGCCGACUGGGAGCCCAAGCGCAAGUCCAAAGCUGUGCCCGACGGAUCUGUGCCUGACUGCUUGGUCAGUGUAGACAAUGUCCCGUCAGAGACUUCGGCUGACAGAACGUCGGCCCACUCCGUCCCAGGGGCCGUGUCGGCGUCCUCAGUGACGGGGUCUACAUCGGAGCUGCUGGAGUGCCCGCUGUGCCUGCUGCGCCACGCCCGCGAUCGCUUCCCAGACAUCAUGACCUGCCAUCACCGCUCCUGCGCUGACUGCCUGCGACAGUAUUUGCGCAUCGAGAUCUCAGAAUCACGGGUCAACAUCUGCUGCCCGGAGUGCUCAGAGCGCUUCAACCCCCACGACAUCAGCAUUAUCCUGGCCGACCGUGCCCUCAUGGAGAAGUACGAGGAGUUCAUGCUGAGGCGGUGGCUGGUCGCCGAACCCGACUGCCGCUGGUGCCCUGCCCCCGACUGUGGUUACGCAGUCAUCGCUUUCGGUUGUGCCAGCUGCCCGAAAAUCACAUGCGGCCGUGAGGGCUGCGGCACAGAGUUUUGCUACCACUGCAAGCAGCUGUGGCACCCCAACCAGACGUGCGACACGGCGCGGCAACAGCGGGCGCAACACUUCCGCCUACGCAGUUUUAGGUCCUCGUCCCUUAGCUACAGUCAAGAGAGCGGCGCCGCAGGUGACGACAUCAAACCGUGCCCCCGCUGUGCUGCUUGCAUUAUUAAGAUGAACGACGGGAGUUGUAAUCACAUGACCUGCGCCGUCUGCGGCUGCGAGUUCUGCUGGCUCUGCAUGAAAGAGAUCUCUGACCUGCACUAUCUGAGUCCGUCAGGUUGCACCUUCUGGGGAAAGAAGCCCUGGAGCAGAAAGAAGAAGAUCCUGUGGCAGCUUGGCACCUUAGUUGGCGCGCCGGUGGGGAUUGCACUCAUCGCAGGCAUCGCCUUUCCUGCUAUGAUUAUCGGCAUCCCCGUUUACGUGGGCAGGAAGAUCCAUAAUCAAUAUGAGGGCAAAGACAUCUCCAAGCACAAGAGGAACCUGGUCAUUGCCGGCGGCGUGACGUUGUCCGUCAUUGUGUCUCCCGCUGUGGCAGCUGUCACUGUCGGUAUUGGCGUCCCCAUCAUGUUGGCAUACGUCUACGGGGUAGUGCCCAUCUCGUUGUGCCGGAGCGGCGGAUGCGGCGUGUCAACAGGCAACGGCAAAGGGGUGCGCAUUGAGUUCGACGAUGAGAACGACAACAUGGGUGGUGGCGCCGCCGCUACGGAUACCACUUCAGUGGCAGAGACCAGACUGAACAACCCCAGCCUUUGUGACGGCGCCAGCGUGGGGGGGCUGACAGGAUUGAGCCUCAGCGUGAGUGGUAGCCACAUGGAGCGUUGCGGCGUCAGCUCGGCCCAGCGGGACAACAUGAGCGACAAUGUUAGCACCACAGCCCUCGCCGGAACCAGCAUCACUGGCAGCCUUUCUGGAAGCUGCUACAACAGGAUGGAAGUGCAGGCUGACGUCCAAAAGGAGCGUUGCAGUCUGAGUGGCGAGUCGGCCACCGUGAGCCUCGGGACCAUCAGCGACAACGCCAGCACGAAAGCAAUGGCCGGCUCCAUCCUAAGUGCCUACAUGCCUCUGGAAAGAGACAACAGUGUGGAGGGUCAAACAGACGUGGAGUCCAAAGAGGAAAAGGUGAGACACUGCAGCGCUAGCAGCAGCCUGGAUGAAGUCAGCUGUAGCAGCAGCGGGACCACGGGCUUCAAAGGGGCGAUGGCCGGUCCGUCCGACGAUCAUGGCCGCCCUCCUUCGCCCUGGUCAAAAGAGGCCUCCGCGGCAGCGUGCAAUUAGAGCAAAGGGAAACUGUGGAAGCGAGGCAAGGCGGAAUCCAAAAUGAACCACACGGACGCUCAGCUGCUGGAGCGCCGCAGCACCAACUCCUCAGAGUUCGACCUGCCUUCGCUGAGCGGCAGCCUGCCGUCGGUGGCCGACUCGCACUGCAGCCACUUGUCGUCGGAGCUCAGCUGCUCCGACCCAGAAACUGUGAGACCAGCUCACCCCCUGUGCUCUGACACGGCGGAGCCUCGUGCAGCCGCCACCACCUCUGUCGUCUUGGGCGAGCUGGCCGUCACGCCCAUGCCCGAGGUGGAGCACGAUCGCCUGGAGCAGCUUCUGCCUCAUAGGAGCCACUCUGCCUUCAGCCACUGCCUCGUGUCUUCAUCGCCGCCUGCCUCCCCUACAGAUAGUGGUCUGUUCAUCACUGAAGAGGGUGAAGGCAACAUCGCCGAUACCCAUGACAACCUGAGCGGACCCACUCGUGACACUGCUGCACCGUCUGUGAGCCCCACAAGUAGGCGCUGCAUUCAAACUGAGAUCUAACAUGUUCACUUACUCACCUUUAAGUUGGGAUCUGAUUGUGUCUUAUUGGCUGUUAAUGGCCUACUGAAACCCACUACUACCCACCACGCAGUCUGAUAGUUUAUAUAUCAAUGAUGAAAUAUUAACAUUGCAACACAUGCCAAUACGGCCUUUUUAGUUUACUAAAUUACAAUUUUAAAUUUCCCGGGAGUUUCGUCUUCGAAACGUCGUGUAAUGAUGACGUGUACGCAAGACGUCACAGGUUUUUAGAAAGUAUGAGCACUGCGCACACACACCUAAAUGUCGUCUUCUUUAACGGCAUAAUUACACAGUAUUUUGGAGAUCUGUGUUGCUGAAUCUUUUGCAAUUUGUUCAAUUAAUAUUGGAGAAGUCACAGUAGAAAGAUGGAGUUGGGAAGCUUUAGCCACACACAAACACACGGUGUUUCCUUGUUUAAAAUUCCUGCCGGUGAAACUUUCCUAUGGAACAGAGCGAACAUGUUUCCCUACCACAUGUCAACCAGCAGGUUUCAGUGAGAAAAUUGUGGUUAAAAAGUCGCUUCUUACCGGAGAGAAGCUGAGCUUGUGCCGUCCAUAGCUGCCGUCGACUCCCCUGAGACACUGCGAGUCAACACAUCCGUGGAGACACCCUUCCGACUAUCAGAUAAUAUUAAACUCACUAAAACACUAGCAAAACACAAUAGAAAGAUAAGGGAUUUCCCAGAAUUAACCGAGUGAACGUGUCUAAAAACAUCGGAAUCCGUCCCAAUGCAAUCGCGUUUUUUUUUUAAACUUUUUUUUUUAUUUCUCUAGUCCGUCGCUAUCAAUAUCCUCAAACACAAAUCUUUCAUCCUCGCUCAAAUUAAUGGGGAAAUUGUUUUCUCGGUCCGAAUAGCACUUUUUGUUGGAGGCUCCCGUUAAAAACAAUGAAUAUGUGAGGAGCCAUCAAACAUGUGACGUCAUCGUCUGCGACUUCCGGUAGAGGCAAGGCUUUUCUCUUAGCACCGAAAGUUGCGAACUUUAUCGUGGAUGUUCUCUACUAAAUCCUUUCAGCAAAAAUAUGGCAAUUUCUCGAAAUGAUCAAGUAUGACACAUAGAAUGGACCUGCCAUCCCAAUUUAAAUAAGAAAAUCUCGUUUCAGUAGACCUUUAAGACAGGAACGGAGAAUGUCAUCGUGGGUUUAAGGGGUCAAUGAGUCAAGCGUUUUGUAGCGUGGAAGUUGAGCAUAAGGUUUUUUACGGAGGUCGAAUUGAAUGUGCGUGCGCAGGUUGGUUUUACACAUAACUUUAAUUUUUUACGUCAUUGCUGCAUCCACCACCGUGCUACACUUUUCUGAGGGACCAUUUAGUAGCACAUUUUCAGAUCGAUUGAAACAGACUGUGGUGAUUAGCUUAUCACUUGUUUAUUUGUGCAAAGUGUCUUGCUUAUUUUCCAUUUUGGGGAAGUUGUUUUUAUUGUAUUUGUAUGUUGCAGCUCUGUGUUGGGUCCAAAGUUUUUAUUUAAAAUCGAAUGUUGUCACAAGACUUCUUGUGGAUCCUACCUACAGUCUUUUAAUAUUGAUUAAAAAUGUUGGAUCAGCUAAAAAUGUAUAUGUGGUUUUAACCUAUGCAAAAAAGCACCUUGAGUUGCUGCAAGUAUUUUCUUUUAAUUCUCUUUGACUGGUCAAAGUUAAAAGAACAAGCAGAGUAGCAGCUGUACAACUUCACAGCCAGAAAAAAAAGAACAAUCAACAUGCAAAACUGGUGUCUUUUAGUACAUUUGAAAUCUUUCAUUUGAAAUAUUCAUGCUUGAUUCCCCUUUUUAGUAAUAUUCAAAUUGUGCAUCUUUUUGUUUUUUACUAUUAUACCUUUUUUUUUUAUGGCAAAUGCUAGUAACUGUUUGCCCCUAUUAAGUGCCUUUUGGGGAUAACACUUUGCAAGGUUAUCCUGUUUUUGAUCCCCCCAAAUAAAUCCUGUAAGCCUGAAUGCUUUUAAGAGGGUUUUCUUCCUCGUUAUUAUAAUUGUUUGUAUAAUUCUUUAAAGACUGGGGCCAGACCUUUUUUAUCCCCCUAUUUUUUAGCAUCACACACACUCAAAAUAUACAUUUACUAAUUAUGGGCUUUGUAACGUGCAUUUAAAUACAUAUCUUUAAACAAUAAAAUUUUCAAAUCAA